UUGUCAUCAUCGGAUUAGCUCUUUUCCUUCUUCUCCGUAGCAAUUAAUGAAAACGACCUAGAAAUCUAUCUCAUCCUAACCUUUCCCUAUUCUCACACAAAACCUCCAUUCUCAGAGAUGAAGGCCAUGAAAGGAAAGCUGUUGAAGAAGCUCAAGACGGUCAAGGCCAUCGGCUACCUAAAGCCCGACACGAUCCUUCAGGUCAGCGGUUAUUUAUACACUCCGCCUCCCAAUCCAGCUCGCCCCCCCUUGGCCGCCAUUGAAGAAUGCCCUAAUUCAACGGACCUUCGAGAUGAAGAGACGGACACGGAUGAUGAUAAAGAGAAUGUCAGCCCAGAGGAAAACGAGAAUGUUGUUGAAUCGAAGCCUCCUUCGUCGGAGAUCGAUGUGACGUCGUUUAGGCGGCCGGAUUUGUAUUCGAGGAGCCUCUUCGAUCCGAAUCUCCUCUCGGCGUUCGAGCAGGCGGUGAUGGAGGUGAAGGAGAGAGAAGCCGAGAGAAGGAAGCGAAUUGAGGGAGAUGGCGACGAACAACCGCCUUCCAAGUCGAGAAGGAUCGAUCCGCUGGCAGAAUUUGAGGAGAGGUGCCCGCCGGGAGGGGGAGAGUCGGUAGUGCUGUACACGACGGGGCUGCGAGCGAUCCGCGAGACGUUCGAGGAUUGCCAGAAGACGAGAUUGCUGCUGGAGAAUCUAAGGGUAGUGUUUUUGGAGAGGGACGUGUCGAUGCACUGCGAGUAUAAGGAGGAGAUGUGGCGAAUUCUGGGAGGGAAAAUAGCGCCGCCGAGGUUGUUUAUCAAGGGGAGGUACAUCGGCGGAGUGGAGGAGGUGAUCGGGCUGCACGAGCAGGGGAGGCUGAAGCCGCUGAUGCAGGGGAUUACGGUGGAUGAUGGGAGGCGAGGGUGCUGCCAAGGAUGCGUUGGAUUGAGGUUUAUUGUUUGUUUCAACUGCGACGGAAGCCGGAAAAUUAUGCCGGAGGGGGACGGUGAGGCUAUUGUUUGCAGUGAGUGUAAUGAGAAUGGGCUCAUCGUUUGCCCUUUUUGCUGCUGAAUCCAGAAAUUACUACAUUAUUUGUUUGUUAAUUUUUGUAUAAUUGGGAUUCUUUUAUUCGUUGAGAAAAUUGAUAAGUUAUGUGUUGAUAUUGAA